AUGCCCAGCAUCUUCAAAUCCCCACCACGCCCUCCUCCAGGUAAGGACAAACACCAUAUCGUGGUGCUCGAAUCCAUCCAUGCCGAAAUGCCCACCUUCAACUUUCCACACACCAUUGACCUGCAUCCCUUGACCCGUCCGGACCAAGUAUCCGAGCGUAUCAAGGAUGCUACGAUCGUCAUUACUUGCGUCGUCCCUGUCACGCCCCGUGACAUGGAUCAGGCACCGUACCUGGGUAUCUUAUCUAUCAUGGCGGUGGGGAUCGGAUGGUUGGACAAAACUGACUGUGCCCGUCGGGGUAUCACCGUGACGAAAUGUCCAGCUGGCAACGUCGACGCCGUCUCCGAGCAUUUCCUCGGCCUAUACUUCGCGGCUCGCAAGCGUGUUGUGCAAAUUCACAACACGGUGACCACGACCAACGAGUGGCGGGAAAACGGUACGUUGACGAAAAAGUGGCCGCGGGGACCACCCAUGGGCUGUAAGCAGGAAACCCUCGGGAUCAUGGGUUACGGAACCCUGGGAAUGCGGAUCGCAAAACUCGCUCGUGCCGUUGGAUUCGGAGAAGUCUUGAUAAGUGAGCGCAAGAAUGCCACGAGCAUCCGAGAGGGACGCGUUGCCUUUGACAAGGUUCUGCGCCGAGCGACCGUCAUUGGAAUCUGUCUACCCAAGGAGAACGACACCUCUGAUUUGAUCGGCGAGAAGGAACUGCAGUCCAUGAAACCCGACGCGUUGAUCAUUAAUGUUGCGCGAGGGGGAAUCGUCAACGAAGCGGCAUUGGCUAGAGCUCUGCGCCAAGGUUGGAUCGCUGGUUGUGCGACGGACGUCAUGGAGACAGAACCUGCCGGACCGGGUACAAGUCCCUUAAUUGCUGACCCAGCAAAAGGGGAGACUGAGGUGCCGAAUCUGACGAUUUCUUCGCAUGUAGCAUGGUUCUGUCAGUCGACGAUCGAAAACUAUCAGCGAAUGUUGAAGGAGGGAAUUGAAGGUUGGGUUGAAGGUACUCUCCAAGAUCCCGAUGGCGAAGUCAACAAAGUCGUCGUGGUACAUGGCGGCAAAAUCUACAAUUGA